UUUGUUCUCUCAUUCAUAAUCUCCAAGAAUCAGUUUGACCUGAAUGGAGCCAUACUAUCCACCUUCACUCGGUUCAGACGAUACAGUCUACAGUGCAGAUAGUAUUGAGUUUUGUCCAUUCUCAAGCCACUCCAGCUUGCUAGGCUGCGGGACCUAUCAGCUUGCGAAGGACGAGUCUGAGGAAUAUCAACAAUCCUCACAGGAGCAUCGACAGGCCAAAGACCACAAGGACCAUAAGAAUGAUGAAGAUGAAGACGAAGAAGUUAAAUUUGAUAAACCAAUGCUUCGCUUAGGGAGGCUCUUGAUGUAUAAUGUGGAGGGCCAUAGUGACGAAUCGCGAAAGCUGAGAAACACUUCAUGUAUUCAAACAGCAGCUAUCCUUGACAUGAAAUGGUCGCAUCAACUGAUCAAUGGGCACCCAACGCUUGGCGUAGCAGAUGCUUCGGGUGAUCUUUCUCUCUAUCAAUUCAAAAACGAUGGCAAUGACCCGGAGCUCGUUAUAAAGUAUGAAACAAAUACCGAAAAGAAGUUGGCGCUAUCACUCGAUUGGUCAAAUCGUGUACAAGCAAGCGGAAACACACGGAUUGCAGUGUCUUUGAGCAAUGGCGACAUUACCAUUCUAGAUCUUGAUUCAUCUAUCCUACAAGAAAAUCAGACAUGGCACGCUCAUGACCUUGAGGCAUGGAUUGUUGGAUGGAAUUAUCAUGAUACCAAUAUCCUCUAUACUGGGGCUGAUGACUGUAGACUCAAAGGAUGGGACAUGCGUAUGAAUUGCAGCUAUGCCACGUUUACAAGUAAAGCACAUACCAUGGGUGUUUGUAGUAUCCAAUCCAAUCCACAUGAUCAACAUACACUUGCAACCGGAAGCUAUGACGAAAACGUGCUGAUCUGGGAUACUCGAAACAUGAGGGAUCCAUUGUCGAGAACAGAGGCUGGCGGCGGUGUUUGGCGGUUGAAAUGGCAUCCUACACGUAAGGAUACUCUUCUAGCAGCGUGUAUGCACAAUGGUUUCCAUGUACUGCACUACACUGAGGAUUGGCUAUCCGCAUCGAUCGAGUCGAGCUUUACGGAGCACAAAAGUCUCGCUUAUGGUGUGGAUUGGUCCUACGCACCUCUAGAAACAUCAUUGUAUAAACAGCCGUUGGUUGUGAGCUGUUCUUUUUACGAUCAUUUGAUUCAUCUUUGGCGACCGAAAGCAUAAAAAUGUCACCAAUUACCUAACCUCACACGUUAGUCUACAAUUGAAAUGGAUUUUGACAUGGAAAUAUGAAAGCAAUAAAAAGUCCUACACUAACAAUGGUGAACUAAUGGAGCUCUUUAGUUGACUAAUGGUUAAAUUAAGACCAUUGGCCUUAGACUCCAAGAAAAUAUUCAUCCACAGAAUUGA